AUGGCCGCCACGCGCAUCCCUUACAUGCGAAUAACCAUGGGCGGCCGGUUCCCGCAAGCCAUCAAGAAGCUACACCAGGAAUACGGUGAUGUUAUCCGCAUCGCUCCCAACGAGCUCUCCUUUACUCACGGCGACGCCUGGAAGGCCAUCUACGGAACCCGCGCCGGGCAUGGUCAAAAGACCAAGGACUUCCGCUUCUACACACCCACCCCUGGCGGAGCGCCGAGCAUAAUCGUCUCCAACGACGCCGACCAUUCUCGCUUCCGCCAGUUAAUGUCACAUGGGUUCUCGGAUAGCUCGUUGCGUGGACAGGAGUCGAUCAUCAAGGGUUAUAUCAAUCUUUUGAUGCAGCGUUUACGUGAGAAGAUUAGCGAGGGCACAAGGGCUGUUAACCUGGUCAAAUGGUACAAUUUCACGACCUUUGAUAUCAUCGGUGACCUGGCUUUUAGGGAGCCAUUUGACUGUCUAAAGAACUCGGAUUACCACCAAUGGGUAUUCAUUCUACUGAGCCAGCUCAGGAUGGCUGGUUAUGCGAACGUGUCUCGGCAUCUACCUGGGUCCAAGCAUCUCCUCCGACUCAUCACGCCACGGCACAUCCUCUCGCAGAGGAGUACACACGUGGCAUUGACUACGGCAAAGGUCAAGGCACGGCUACACAAGCCCCACGACAGACCAGACUUCUUCAGUAAUAUCCUAAAACACGACAACACGGAAAAAGGGUUCAGCUUCCAAGAGUUAGUCAGUAAUGGGAGCACGCUUAUCAUCACUAAUUCUAAAACGACUGCAACUCUACUAUCAGGUGUGACCUAUCUACUCUUGAGGAAUCCACGCGUCCUCGCCAAGCUUCAAAACGAGAUCAGGUUCACCUUCACCAACGAGAGUGAGAUCAACUUGGAAUCCUGCAACAAACUCGAAUACUGUCUUGCUGUCCUCACCAAGGCUCUUCGCGUGUAUCCCCCCGUCGCACCCGGACUACCCCGGAUCGUGGAUGCACAGGGUGAUAUAAUCGCUAGAAACUAG